AUGGCCUACUGGUGGCUGGUGAGCCCAGCAUCCUGAGAGAUGAUCCUACUGCCUAUCGCCAGCCUGGGGAAAGAUCAGAAUUCAAAGUUAAAGGUGUGGUUUCUACUGCAUGCAUAUUACUUUUGAACCAUCAUAAAGUCAGGGACUGUAAGUUUGGGACCAUCUGUAUGCACACAUUUAUUACCCAUUUACUCCUUCUAAGUAUGGGCAUAAAAGCAUAGUUUCAAGUAUGAAAACUUUUAUUCUAGGUCCAGUGGCAUUGCAGAGCACGGAUGGUUGCAGGAGCCAAUUUUUACAUUGUCGGACGAGACCCCGCUGGCAUGCCUCAUCCAGAAACAGGGAAGGAUCUUUAUGAGCCAACUCAUGGUGCCAAAGUGCUGACAAUGGCCCCUGGGCUCAUCACCUUGGAAAUAGUUCCCUUUCGAGUUGCAGCCUACAACAAGAAAAAGAAGCGUAUGGACUACUAUGACUCUGAACACCAUGAAGACUUUGAAUUUAUCUCAGGAACACGAAUGCGCAAACUUGCCCGAGAAGGCCAGAAACCUCCGGAAGGCUUUAUGGCUCCCAAAGCCUGGACUGUGCUGAUGGAAUACUACAAAUCCUUGGAGAAAGCUUAAGCUGUUGACCCUGUCACUCUACCUUUGACACUUAACUGAGUAACGAGGGGACCACGUAGUUCCUAUUGGCAUUUCUUUGUGGUGGUGUCUGUCUGGACACACUUCCUCAACACAGACCACUUUCCUUAACUAGCGUCAGUUUUGGUCUGCCUUACGAGUUUUGUUUUGAACUAGUGUAAUACAUUGCUGGUUUUAAUGUAUCUUUUCCACUUAUUAUAGUUAAUAUUCUUACAGUGCAAUUUUAAAAUCUUGUCUUUUUAUAUUAUAUUUAUGCUUCUGUCUUAUGAUUUUUUCAAGCUGUUACAUUAGUUGUAACCAAUAGUAUACACAUUGAAUCUCAUUUUUCAUCCCUUGGAAAAAGAAAAAGUCCACUAAACAAUAAACUUGGCUAGACUUCGUUUGGGGAAUUUUACAAGACAUCUGUAGCAAUUAGGUUUUCUUUUUCUACAUUGAAAAAUAUAAACUGCUUCCUUCCUUCCUUCCAGGAAGCUAUUGAUCUCUUAGCUGUUAUAAUCUAUUCUUAUGAUCUGUGUAAGCCCUGAAUGAACUUUCGAUCUAUUCAAUAACAUUAAACUUUUUGGCUUCUUAUUUA